UCGACUUCCUCGAAGAACAAGAGCGACAGCGAAGUCAAGGAAGCGAUCGAAAAGAAGCUGGUCACUGCUCCGAUCAGAGAUGUAUGCCGAGGCUGGGAUUCAGUUUCCCGCGCCCUUCUCCCAGGGAUUCUUCAACGACUGCAUUGGCACCGGCCACUACUCCGAUCUACCCAUCUCCGACGAGGGAUUCAUCUCCCGAUUCGAUCUCGGGGUCGAGGAUGAUUGGAUCGACUUGAUCAACAUUGUACAAGUUCCCACAGUUUCAGAAUAUGAUAUGGGAGGAGAAGGAGAUCUUUUCAAAGCACCAGAACCCAUCUUAGAAGAUCUUGUGUUCGACCCUGUGACCUUUGCGAUGUCUAUUAUAUCAAGCAGAGAUGUCAUCACAGAAACAAUCAAGGCUGCAGAUAUAAAGUCCAUUCAAAAUGAUCAUCUGAGUGACAUUUACUAUGACUGCAAGGACCUUAUGAACGAGUAUGAGAUUGAAGAUACAAUAUCUGAACUCCUAGAUGUGAAGAUUCCUCCACUCCAAGUGGGUGAAAUUUCAACAUUAGAAAAAGCUAACUCUGCAGAAACAUCAAUUCAGAAAACUGUUAAUUCUGCGGAUAUAAAGUCAUUCAAAAAGAUCAUGAGUGGCAUAUACUAUGAGUUUAAGGAGGAUGUUUUGGAGAAGUCUGAAAUACAAGAUACGAUUUCUGAGCUACUAGUUGCGAAGAUUCCUCCAGUCCAAAUGGUUGAUGUUUCACCUCUCGAAAAAUGUAUCAGUGCGGACAGAUCAAUUCAGAAAAGCAUCAGUUCUGAGUGCUUAAGCUCAGUGGAAUGGAUCCCUAGUUGCACUAUGGGACCAGACUUCCUUGAUUUCCAAGGAUUGGACUUUGAAGUUGCGCUUGGCUUGAGGAGGACACACAGUGAUGGAGAUAUCCAGAAUCUUGGCAAUAAAAACACAAACAUGAGAAAUACAACCACUGUAUCUUCUUCAUUUAAGAAGCUCCUAGCCAUUAGUGAUAACAAGACAGAACAGCGACGACAAAAACUUUCCAGAUAUAGGGAGAAGAAGAGUAGGAGAAAUUUUGGAAGGAAGAUCAAGUAUGCUUGUAGGAAGGCUCUUGCUGACAAUCAGCCCAGAGUAAGGGGAAGGUUUGCAAAGAUCAAAGAAACAAAAAUGUCAUUCCAAAUUGUAAAAGAUGUUGAAGAUGGAGAAAACCCCAGUGAGUUUCCUUGUUAACAAGGCUGCUCAUGAAGUUGUGAGAACAAAAGACAUGGAGAGAUGAGGCUGUUAGCUAUAUAUCGAUCUACAUUUGCUUUGCAUAGGAUAAUCUUGAAUAUUCAUUAUGCAGUUGUACCUCUGUGCACUAAAUAAAAUGGAAAUCGAUAUUUUUGCUCAA